ACCCCAUUCUCUUCUCUCCGUGAUACACUACUGUUUGAAAACUCACAAAAAUGGCGGCAAGUUAACUAUUAAUCUAGUGCAGAAUCACACUACCCAGAACCUCUUUUUCACCUAAUUAACUAUUUAAUUCCGCGUACCUAAGUUAGUUAGGGCUUUGAUUCGUAAUACAGACUGAAAACCUUCCUCGGGAAAAUGGCGACUACGGAGGGUUCAUUAACCUCGCCGAUCUGCAAUUUGGCGAUUUUGGACUCGCUGAGUGCAAAUUCAACUGGACAAAUGGCGGACAGCUGGAACGCUUUCUGCGUAGCAACAGAAUCAGUAAUCGGAGGCGGUGGAGGUGAUUUAUUGUUAGCUCCUGAUUUCGUGUCGCAUUUGCGUAAUCUAUGCAAUCUCGGGCUGAAAUCGCUAAUUGUGGAGCACUUCCUUUGCUCGUUGGAGGAAAUAUUUGAGAAGCGCGGGGCAUCCAGGUUUUGGAAGCAUUUUGAUGCCUACAGUAAUUCUUCGGUUCUACAUAUGGAAGACCUGGAUGAACAAGAUGGGAUGCAAGAUCUAUUACAUAAAGCAUUGGAAGAGAUAUCAUCUGAAAAACAAUACCAGGAGAAGUGCCUGUUAAAGUUGGUCCAGGCUUUAGAGAUGUGCAGACAAAGUAAGCCAAACGGACCAACAUAUUCAGAUGAGCGAAACUAUCUACUCUCAAAAUAUCAGCUAACAGUAUCGUCAGUUCUCAUGGUCAGUCUACCUCGACAUUUUCCAGAUAUACUUCGCUGGUACUUUAGGAGACGACUGGAGGAGUUAAGUGCAAUGAUGGCUGUAGGCUGUGAGUAUGAUAACAAGCUACACAUAGAUGAUGGAAUGGACCUGGACUGCAAAACAGGGGAAAUGGAUGCUGAUGAAAUUCAUCAAGAUAGAACCAUUUUAGGAAACAACAAUUUAGUAAGGAACAUUGGAGAGAUCGUCCGUGAUCUUAGGAAUCUUGGAUUUACCUCAAUGGCUGAAGAUGCCUAUGCAUCUGCCAUAUUUCUACUAUUGAAGUCUAAAGUACAUGAGCUGGCUGGUGAUGAGUUCAGAUUUUCAGUAUUGGAGUCCAUCAAAGGAUGGAUACAGGCUGUGCCACUUCAGUUCUUACAUGCCCUUCUUGCUUACUUGGGUGAUUCUAGAAGUCAUGAAGGCCUUUCCUCUGGUCUGAAAUCCCCAUUGGCAUCUCAUCCGUCUUUUAAAUACUACGGAACUGGAGUUCCUUCAGAGGGACUUGUUCGAUGGCAGUUGCGCUUAGAGUAUUUUGCUUAUGAAACAUUACAAGAUUUAAGAAUAGCCAAGCUUUUCGAAAUUAUUGUGGAUUAUCCGGACAGUUCCCCUGCUAUUGAAGACUUGAAACAAUGUCUUGAAUAUACCGGGCAGCACUCAAAGCUUGUCGAUUCUUUCAUAGCUGCUUUAAAGUAUCGCUUACUGACAGCUGGUGCCUCUACCAAUGAUAUACUGCACCAAUAUGUUUCAACUAUUAAAGCCCUUCGAACAAUAGAUCCAGCUGGCGUUUUCCUUGAAGCAGUUGGUGAACCAAUCAGAGAAUAUUUGAGGGGAAGGAAGGACACCAUUAAAUCCAUUGUAACUAUGCUCACUGAUGGUGCUGGUGGGAAUCCUAGUGGACCUGGAAGUACCGGGGACAGUCUUCUUGAAGAAUUAAAUAGAGAUGAAGAAAAUCAAGAGAGUUCUAGCUAUGACGACGAUGUCAACACCGAUGACAAGCAAGCAUGGAUUAAUGCUCAAAGCUGGGAGCCUGAUCCAGUGGAGGCGGAUCCCUUAAAAGGCGGCAGGUAUCGGAGGAAGGUUGACAUUCUUGGUAUGAUAGUUGGCAUAAUUGGUUCAAAGGAUCAGCUGGUGAAUGAGUAUCGUGUUAUGCUGGCUGAAAAGCUUCUGAAUAAAUCUGACUAUGACAUUGACUCGGAGAUACGCACUUUGGAACUUCUGAAGAUACAUUUUGGUGAGGGUAGCAUGCAGAAGUGUGAAAUAAUGCUCAAUGAUCUAAUUGAUUCCAAAAGGACUAACACAAAUGUUAAAGCAACCAUCAAACAACAACCUCAGCCAGCUUCUGACGUAGGAGAGCAUGAGUUGUCUCUAGAUAAUCUUAAUGCUACAAUUAUAUCGUCAAAUUUCUGGCCACCUAUCCAGGAUGAGGCACUUAAUAUACCUGGACGGAUGGAAAAGAUUUUAAGUGACUAUGCCAAAAGGUUUAAUGAAAUCAAGACACCGCGUAAGCUCCUCUGGAAGAAAAAUCUUGGUACUGUAAAGUUGGAGCUGCAAUUUGAAGACAGAGUGUUGCCGUUCACUGUAACACCCCUUCACGCCUCCAUCAUCAGUCAAUUUGAGGAUCAGACAAGUUGGACAUCCAAGAGUCUUGCUGCUGCUGUCGGCGUACCUGUGGAAAUCUUGAAUAGAAGAAUAUAUUUCUGGAUAAACAAGGGAAUCCUAGCAGAAUCAGUAGAGGAGUCCGGUGACAAUAAGUUCAGUUUGGUGGAAGCCAUGGUUGAGAACGGAAAGAAUGGAGUUAACAGUGGCGGCUGUGACGAGCUUCUAGCGGGUGACGAUGAUGGAGAAAGAUCAAUAGCAUCUGUUGAAGAUCAACUGCUUAAAGAAAUGACUGUCUACGAGAAAUUUAUCACAGGGAUGCUUACCAAUUUUGGCAGCAUGGCACUGGACCGGAUUCACAAUACUCUCAAGAUGUUUUGCAGAGGAGAUCCUGCUUAUGACAAAUCACUCCAACAGUUGCAGAGCUUUUUGGCUGGUCUAGUUGCAGAAGAGAAACUUGAACUUAAAGAUGGAAUGUAUUUGUUAAAGAAGUAAUAGCCCCACCAUAUAUCUUUUUAUUUAUUGGAAAUCGAAGAGAAGCGCAGGUUUAUAUGGUUGGCAACGAGGGCUCUAAGUUAUCGAGACUCUUUAAUAUUCGAUCCGGUGUAAUUUUAAUCUGAGUUUUUAAGUAAGCUUGUUGUAUCAAUGGUAAAACUAUGCAAGUUAUAUGUUAAUCGGAUCUUCAAAAAAAAUCA